UCAAAAAACGCCAUAGAGACAUCACAAAUUUCCCAUUCCCAAACCCUUGCGAGGGUUUUCUUCUCUGCAACAACACCAAUUACAAGCUCAAACGCACCCACAAUCUGUCGAGCCAACGAAUCAAUCAACUGCCUCCAGUAUGGGUAGCACCUCCGCUAUUGAGAAAACCGAGGAAGAGCUUCAACGAGAGAUCGAUGAGCUUCAUCGCCAGCAGCGCCAGAUUACAGAGCGGCUUCGUGAUCCUCGGGGACUCCGACGAGGAGGGUUGGCUGCUGGUGGUGGUGGUCCUAGAAAUUUCGCCGGCAAUGGAGUUCGUCAGCGAGGCUUCGUUCGACCAGCUGAUAGAGAUCAUACAGACGAUCAACCACCUGCAAAACGGCGGCUUUUGUCUGCUGUUGUCAAGGUGGAGGAUGGAGAGAUUGUUGAGGAUACUGAAGUGGCAACGGACUUGAACAAGAAAAAGCAGUCAGCUGAGGAGGAAAAUGUCGGGGCUGGGAUAGAUAAUCAGAGUGCUGAUGGAAAGCUGUCCAAUUUACAGCAGAUCGGUUGGUCCAGGAGGGAUGGCAAUCAGAGAUUAGGGAAGAGGGAGACUGAACUUCCAGUUGUUGAGCCUCUGCCUAGGGUGUUGCCAAAGAAUGAGGAUCCAAGCUUGGUUAGCAGAAAUAAAAGAAUGUUAGGGCAACUUUUAGGUACUUUAGAGAAAUUCAGGAAAGAAGAUAUGAAACUUUCAGGUACAGAGGCAUUCAAACAAAGGUCAAGUGCUUUGCAAAGAGCUGAGCAACGAGCACGAGAAGAAAGUGAAAGGCUGAGGCAGCAAGAGCGUGAACAAAUUGCAGAAAAGAGAAGGAGAGAUCUGACACUCAGAGCACGUAUUGCUGCCAAAACAGAAGAAAAGAAGUUGGAAUUGCUGUUUCGUCGGUGGAGUGAGCACCAUAAAAAACUUACAAAUUUUAUAAGGACUAAGGCAGAGCCUCCAAUUUAUUAUUUGCCUAACAAACCAUUGGAUGAAGAUGCAACAUUGCGUGAGCAGCAGAAAGAACAGAUAUUUGCGGAAUGGAAGACCACUAGGAGAGAGGAACUGUCUGAAUAUCAGAAGCAGAUUGCAGAACAGUAUCUUGGCAAUGUUGAAAAGGAAUUGGAAAGGUGGCAAAACGCACGGAAAGCAAGGAGACCAAACAAUGAUGCGAAUUUACAAGAAACGAUGGACAAAGAAUUGGACACCCAUAGGCUUGAGCAUGGUCCGAAGACAAGAAAGAUUCCUGGUGGAAACAAUGAAGAUGAGGAUGAUGUGGAGGAUAUCAAUGUCGCGGAAGAUGACAUGAUGGAUGAUGUGCUAGAGGUUGAUGAAAAUGGCAGAAGGGGCGACGAAGCAGCCAAGCCAGAAGCUGAUAGCACCAGCCCGAAUCCUGAGAACCUUGAUCAGUAAUUAUCAAGGCAUCUUCAGCUAGGUUUUGUUUUAUAUUCUGUUUUUGCUUGCCUUUUUAGCAGGUGGUUUUUUUCUGUUUGUUUUUUUGUUUUCCCAUUUAUGUUCUUUCUCCUUAAAUGUUAGUGCUUUUAGGAUUUUAACAGAUUCAAUAUCUUUGUGGUUUGUAUUCAGUUAGGAUCAUCUGUUUCUGUACUAGUUAUUUCUUCUCUGCCUUUUAUGACAAGUAAUGCAAGUGAUGAUUUUUGUAGCAUUUA